CGGACUCGGAGAGUUGGUUCCGACCCUUCCUGCUUUCCACCUCAUCCACCGUGGCUUGUCACGAAUGCCAUUAUCAAUACUCCCUAUCGAAAUUUGGGAGCAGAUAAUUGGUUCCCUCAACAGAUAUGACCGUAGAUCGUUCUGUGCCUGCUGCCUAGUUUGUCGCGCCUGGGUUCCCAUUAGCCGCCAUUACAUCUACGACGAAGUUUUUCUUUUAUCGUCAUCCCAGGCAGAUAAAUUCCUGAAAUCUCUCUACCUAGAAGCAACAGAAAUUGGGUUAUACGUUAACAGUCUCAGUCUUCAUGAAGGCACCGGCCGGAACCCUCGCGAGCAUCUUUGGCUCAGCAAGGCCCUUCUCACACUGUCGCGUUGUCUUCCCAAUAUCACAAAUCUCACGAUAGACUGUGUCGUUCCAGAUACGUUCGACCCGUCCUCAUGGGCAGCACUGCUGAACGGUUUCCCUAACGUCACCUCUUUUUCCUUGCUCUCCGCUCGAUUCACCACUCCUACGGAAGCAUUGCAGCUCAUAGCUUCUUUUCCAAGAAUGACCUCCCUCUACGUCCAGCGUUUGGACUUCAUUGAAGAUCCUAGACACGUGGUGACGAAUUCCAUGAUUAUCCCUCCUCCAGCGCUUUCCACGCUGAGCGUACAUCAGAUGUACCUUCCCUUUCUACUGGACUGGCUUACAAGACACACCGUAAACAUCCGUUCUGCAACUUUUACAUCCGUGUACAGUGCGAACAUGGAAAGCAUAGGCAAAUUUGCACACCUGCUUGGUCCUUCGCUUGAACACAUAUCAUUAUGUGAGCCUGAAACUGAACGAUCCCGGCCAGUCUUUGCAGCAGAGUGUUUCAACCUUGCUGCUAACACUCACUUGCGUUCUCUGGACAUAGAUGGGAUGUCUGCCAUCAGUGGACUGCCGUGGCUAACAGACCUCCUAUCGCAAAUAACGUCCGAAAACUUGGAGUGUGUCCGUUUCGCAAUAAUGGCACAUGCCGUGGACGUUCUCCGAAAAGUUCCAUGGUCCCAAGUAGACCAUAUCCUUUCCCAAUUUCCUUCCAUACGAACAGUCAAAUUCCGUUUCUUCAUGGACUCGUCACUCUGGAAAAAGGCUGCAAUAUUCGUGAAGACUCAGGUCCCCAGACUAGUCGACCGGGGUGUCCAUAUAGAAUUUGAAUUAUGAACAUUCCGUUCAUAUCAUCAAUCCCUCGUUGUCCUCAAGUUUGCCCCAUCCAAGGGUAUGGCCCCAACUCCUCCACAUUCUUUCAACCACCAUUCUUUUCUCGUGCCUGUCAAGCUCGGGAUUCGACAAAUCUUCUACAUCUUCUAAAAACCCUUCACGGAGUCGGGAACGGGAAGGAAGAUAUUUUUCUCCG